AUGCCAUCUCCAGGUGCCGCUGCCAUUCAAAUCCCGAGUCUCGUUGCCAGAGUAAUCGAGAAUGCCGAGGUUAGAACAUUGGAUCGAACGGAGAUCCUCGCGCAUCACAAUCCACUUCAUGUCUCGCAGUCACAUCCCCAGGAACGCAGUGCCGUUCCGAGCAAGAUGUACUGUCGAUCCCGCCGAUCCGGCACUCGUGCUCCCUUCGCCAGCGAGCAUACGAUCUCAGCUCUCGGGAUGGACCCUUUUACCCAUCCCCAGUGA